CCCCAGCCCCCAAGCUCGCCGCUAGUAAGCUCCCCCUUAAGUGACGCAGACCUUCAAGGCAAUGGAGACGUACAAGAAGAUCCGCUGUUGCGGCGGCUGGGUGCACCGAUGCAAGCAUGUGUCGAAGGUGCUUGGCAACCUCGAGAUGAACUUCACCGUCUUCACGCCGGCGGCUGCGGCGGCGGGAUCGCCCGUGCCGCAGAUCUACUGGCUCAGCGGACUCACAUGCACCGACGAGAACUUCACCACCAAAGCCGCUGCAUUCAAGAAGGUAGUUAUGUACACGAGAUGACGCCACAUCACAUGGGGAGUGCAUCUCUGCCUUUGUGUGUGCAGGCGAAUGAGUGCGGUGUGGCGCUGGUGAUCCCUGACACGUCGCCUCGUACGAUGGAUGCGUCAAAAUCCAGCCCGAGGCCGUGGUGUGGAUGUGCUGUUUGUGUUUUGGUGGUUCAGGUGGCGCCAAGAUUCCCGGAGAGGACGACUCUUAUGACUUCGGCUCGGGUACGAGAUGAAAGGACGUGACUGCUCUCUCGCCCUUGACCGCAUCAAUCGGUCCUGCCCCACUGCCUGCCUGCUGUAGGUGCGGGCUUCUACCUCAAUGCAACCGCAGCACCCUGGUCCAAGAACUACCAGUAAGUGCGCACACACAGUGUUGCCGCCAGCAUGCAAUGCAUGUAUUUCUGCCGUUGUGUUUGUUUAGCAUGUAUGACUACAUCGUGAGUGAGCUGCCGGCGCUGGUCAACGGCAACUUCCCCGUCAAGCCCGACAAAGUCGCCAUCAUGGGACACUCAAUGGGAGGUGAGUUAGUGGCAGGUUCUGUCCGUCCAUCAUGGACUUGUCCGCCUUCACCCUUGCUGCUUGUGUGCAGGUCACGGCGCCCUCACUAUUGCCCUCAAGAACCCCGACAAAUACAAGGUGGUCACCAUUAAUGCAUUCACACAUCGAACGACCGACGCCCAUGUGCUGUGCGGCCCUGUCGUCCGGUCCGUGAGUGUCUAUAGAGUGCGUCGGCAUUUUCGCCCAUCUGCAACCCCAUCAACUGUCCCUGGGGCCAGAAGGCCUUCAAGGGCUACCUGGGAGACGAUACCGACGCCUGGAAGGUAUGUGUGUGUGUGUGUGGCUCGCAGGACUGGAAAGAUCUGAUGGAUCUGUCUGUCUGUCUGUCUGUCUGUCUGUCUGUCUUCGUUUCGUUCAGAUGUACGAUGCUGUUGAGUUGGUCAAGGGCUACUCUGGCCCCGACCUCCACUUGCUCGUUGACCAGGUUGGUCAGCUACGCCUCCACACACACACACACACACACACAAACGAAGAACGGACCGCAUAGCACAGAUCUGUACAUAUUGAUGUGUUCCUGUCUGUUAUCGCAGGGCGAUGCCGAUGAGUUCCUGCAGGAGCAGCUGAAACCCGAAGCACUGCAGGUGAGGUGGGCACACAGACAGAACAGACAGAAGGGGUGCACUGUGUGUGUGUGUGUGUGCGCAGGCCGCGUGCCUUGCUACGAAGGGUCUGUCGCUGACGCUGCGGAUGCAGGAGGGCUACGACCACAGCUACUUCUUCAUCUCGACCUUCAUCGACGACCACAUCCAGCACCACGCACACCACCUCAAUUAAGUGAAGUGAAUAUAUGAGGUCGGGAGGGUGACAGCGCGAGCACUAUCACAAUUAGC